AUGGCGGGCCGUAGGCCUCUGCUCGCUGCGGGCAUAGUGGCGGCAGUGCUGGCGGCGCAGACGAGCUUUUUGGGACCAGGGCAGUUUCGGUCGGCGCGACAAGGCCGGAUGACUCAAACUCGGCCAACGCCUACAGCACGAAGAUCGUCUGAAGCAGAAUCGGAGACGACUGAGGAGUUGUCCGAAGCCGCGAAGGCCAACAUAGAGAAGUUGACGGCAGAGAUUGCAGAACUCAACACUGUCAAGGAGGAGAAGCAAGCUGCACACUCACGACUUAAGUUGGAAAUUGACAAUUUCCGGCAGCGUACGUCAUCCGAGCUUGCAGCAGCUCGGGGUAAGGCCGCAGUCCCAUUGGUGCAGGAACUCCUUCCUAUUGCUGACGAGUUUGAAUAUGCCAAACAGAACUUGAAAGUCGAAACCGACGGCCAGAAAUCAGUAGUUGCCAAGUUCGAGGCGCUCUUUGACAAGAUGUUGGAGAGCUGGAAGUCCCUUGGCAUUGAGAAGAUGUCCAGCGUGGGCGAGGCGUUCAACCCAGAGCUUCACGAAGCGGUUUCCAUGAUUCCAUCAGAGGAGUACAAGGAGGAGGUGGUGUGCAAUGAGCUUCGCCCUGGAUGGAUCUUGAAGACACCAGGCUCGGAUGAGCAGCAGGUGCUCAGGGCUGCCCUGGUGAUCGUCAGUUCAGGUAGACUGCCACCUAUGGUGACGAUUGCCUUGGAGCCUACACUUCUCUCCACACAGGGCGGGCAAAGCCCAUCAUCCGGACGAGCUGAAGGAUCCCAAGCCAGUUCUGCUGGCAGCGCGAAGGCUGAUGUCGAGCGUGAGAUCGUGCAGCUGCUCUCAGCCACGCCUUGGCUGAGGAGGAGCGACUUCGAUCCGAUGGUUCGGUCCCAGUGCCCAGAAGUACAACCUCGCUGUGCAAGUGCUGUCAGAUGGGCAGAUACAUGUGGUCAUGUAGACGUCGACAGCUUUCGGCACUUGAACGUUACCCAGUCUGCUGCGACGGCCGGCUGUGUUGCGAUCGGAGAAGCCAUCCGCGACCGUCCAGCUAGCAGCUAUGCAGGAGACGACGACAUCUGCAUGACACGAGCCGUUUCGCACUUGACAUCCCUGGUCCGCUCGCUGAGCGAAGUUGUCUUUUUGGUCGGCUCGAGCGCGGCACUGGGAUGCUGGGAUACCUACCAGGGGAUAAUGCUGGAGACCAGUCCAGUGAGGUUUCCAUGGUGGUACACCGCGAGUCCAGUGGUCCUCGACGGCAUGCCGGCCGACUUCCAGUUUGCCAUUUCCGAUCGCUCCCUGAGUUCCGUACGCUGGGAGGGCCUCCCAUAUCACCGCCGACUGCAGUGUCGGCCUAUGAGGGGAAAGGAUGGCCAGCAGCUGGAGAUGGUCUUUCGUGCAAGCUGGGAGGACGAAGCCGCUUGCAGGUCUGUCGGGCUGGCCAAGCGUUACGAGCAGAGCGUUGUGAGGACCCAAAAGCCACCGUGA